CUACCCUGGCCUCAAAUCUCACGAGUACCUUGUUCACGAUAAUAGCGUAUGCACAUACAUUCCUCGAAAAACAGAAAGUGAUAUCCAGGAAACUCGAAGUCUUCAUCAAGAGGUUUGCUGUAAGCAUUCAGGUUCGCGAAACCUUCUGCGGCCUCAUACCCUACACUUUGCAGGAAAUGACUCAAGUCCCUCGAAGCAGGAAGAAGAGGAUUGAUCUCCGAAUCUUGAAAGAAAGCCACCAGCCGCACACUCAUGCAGUUCGAAGCCUAAUUAACACGCCUUGGGUUUGCCUUCAAAGGUUGCCUUGCCUCCGCGGAGCGCGCCCAUGUCACGUAUCUGCAGACCGCACCUGACAUCCUGCAUGGGUAACGCGUAGACGAAAAACAAACUCCAAACAAAACAGUCCCGGAUGGAUAAGACCACGCAUACCUUUAAGAAGCAGCUUCCUUUUUCGAUUCGACUGCAGUGAAGCUCAGAUCUAAUGUCGCAGAUAACAGCAACAAUACAGAAUAUUGAUGCUUACAAGGCAUUGCUGUGCCGGCUCUCGUUGAUCACGACGGCUCACACCACACCGGUACGAAUCAUAGCGUAUGACCUGAUAGCCUUGCAUAUUCAACACCCGAACGGAUGUAUCUGGAACACAGCUUGCAAUAUCGCAGUCACGAAGUCACCAAAGUCCGCACCCAGACCUUCCAACACCUGAUCGAUCAUUGUCUUAUAACGAAGCGCCACGUCGUUGAUUGUGCCCAGUAUACACCCGCUUUGUACUCAAAUACACAAAGCUGUACCUGUCCGUACUACCUACCUACCACUCUCGCAUGCCUUUCUCCGUGUAUGCAAUGAUCCGGCCAUAGCACCCUCCGAACGGGGAUUCCGUUCCGAUCUUCUUCUGCUCCCCCGCUUUCUUGCUCCGCAUCUUUACGGUCCUCGCUGUUUCUUAUCCAGCGUACUACACACCACUGCAGACUGUAAAAAGCCACAAAAUGUGGUUUCAAAUGAUCAAGAAAACAAAACCCUGCUUCUCAAAAAAGAUAACCGGAUCAUCAGAUCACACACAGAACCGUACUCAUAUACUGAUGUAACCGAUCCACCUAGCCGAUGUAGCUGGUACGAGCUAAUACCCUUUCACUCACAUGCAAGAUGCUUUGUCCCACGCGGCAGCGGAAUAUACCGAUUUUUUGUGAUUUCCGAGGCCAAUGGCGAUGGAUUAGUCAGGCACUACACAGAUACGAGAAAAAAGAAUGUGACAUGUCUGUGGACGAAUUGUACUUCAUUGGUUUUAUCGUAUACCCUCGCUCUUCACUUCCCACCCCCGAAUUCUCAGCCCCCUUCCCCCCGUUCCUUCUCCCCCGCCCCUACAACAAACAAAGCGAAGAAAAGCAAAGCCACAGUAGUAGCAAAACCUCACCUUGGAAGUCAUUUCUGGGAUUGACGCCAUCGCGACCACUGAAAACCCCAGCACAAUCGACAAAAAUACAAGCUAGGAGGAUAACAAACAUGCGGUUGAGAUGCUCGGGAACUUCAGGCGCUAUGUACCUACCUAUAUAUAUCUAG